AUGGUGCUGAUCAAGCGGGGCAGCAUGUUCAAGCAGGGCUCUGGCGAUGGACUCUUCCAGCGCAGGAAUUGGAAGAAGCGGUACUUUGAGCUGACACAGGAAGACUUGCGCUACUUCCAACACGAGCACGGACCGAUGAAGGGAUGCCUCGACCUAUCGAGUUGUACCAAGGACUCGCUCGAGAUGGUUCCGACCAAGAUGUCCAAGGACCCGCCGACAACAUGGUGCUUGGCGAUCACAACACCGUCACGUCGGUUCUUCAUGUCAAUGGCAAGCGAAACGGAGAUGCACGCGUGGGCGUUUGCGUUCUUGGAAGCGUUCAAGAUGAACGAAGACGGCGGGAGGAAGACGUACACCGCGGAAGGCCAGUUGCGCGGGUUUGUAAAGGAGCAAAAGGUCAAGAAGCAAAGCAAUCUCUCAAAGCUCAAGAUGACACCUAGGAACCAUAAAACAUGA